CUUUUCUGAAAAGCUGGCUUUAAAAUAACCAUGGAGUUAUGACCUCAGUUCUAUCCCACUUCGUCUUGUGGAAUUUUGACAGAGACCCUCUUGGAAUUAUUAAAUCUACAAACCAAUUCUCUGAUACUUAAUAGUUGCAUUGCCCUUGAAGAACAAUAUCUACUGAGAGGCGUGAAUGGAAAGACUAACGUAUGAUCACCUGUCCUUCCCAUGGUAUCUCCAUAAGGAAUGUUGGCUGCUUAAUCUGUGUUUGUGAAUUCUUCAACAUCCUCUGCUGAAAGGCCUUCCAGAAGCACAAGUGUUCCCCAUCUUGUAAAGCCGUAUUCUGUGAUGGAGACCAUCAGAUGUAAUCUUCCGCCUCAUUAAGGUGACCCAGGGCCUACCUCUCCUUGUAAUAAUGUUACAAGAGCGCUUAACAGACUCGGUGACUGCUGUAAGCAGGGUAGCUGAGGAAAUCCAGGGUUUAUGAGGUUGGGAUUUUUCAGUUCAUCAAGGCAGCAUGUUGCCCCUCGGUCCUGGGUUAGCUGUAGCUUGUCUUCAGAUAUUCAUCUUCUGUGAAAACUGGGCUUUGGCCAAGAACAUCAACUUCUACAGCGUGAGACCCCCUCUAGAUCCCACGCCGUUUCCAAACAGCUUCAAAUGUUUUACCUGUGAAAAUGCCGGGGAUAAUUAUAACUGUAACAGAUGGGCAGAAGAUAAAUGGUGUCCACAAAAUACACAGUACUGUUUAACAGUUCAUCACUUCACCAGUCAUGGAAGGAGUACAUCUAUCACCAAAAAAUGUGCCUCAAAGAGCGAAUGUCAUUUUGUUGGCUGUCACCACCACAAAGAAAGAGGACAAACAGAAUGCAGAUCAUGCUGCGAAGGGAUGAUUUGCAAUGUGGAAGUCCCCACGAAUCACACAAAUGCAGUGUUUGCAGUCAUACAGGCCCGGCGGUCAUCAGGCACCAUCCCUUGGACAUUCAGUUUGCCAGUGUUUGCUUGUGUUUUCACAGUUCAAUUGCUAUGAUGCCAUUGUUCCCAGGAGAAGUAGAGACGGUCUCUCCCAGCAUAAGCUUGAAACUGUGAGCAAUGAACUUUGUGGUUGGAGAUGAACUUUGCACAUCAUGAAGAAUUCCGUAAGCACAUGUUAAACCACAACACAGAGGUGUGUGGUGUAUGGAGCCAAGCAUUUGUUAAGCUAAAGUGCCCCAUGAAAGGGCCUGCAGUAUUGAGAAGCCAGGAUGGAGGCAAGGAUGGAGAACCCAGAGGCAAGACCUGGAGGGGCUUAAUCUACCAUUUUUCUUAUCACUGCUGGUUGCACUGUUCAGUACUGAAAGAUUUUAAUGGAUUCCUCUAGUAUUUUAAAAUCAUAAUAGGAGCAGAGGCAGGGAAAAAAAAAACCCUUUGGGCCAGGCCCUUAGCAAGAAGACCAUCUGGUCUUCCCUCAACACAAGGAGGUUGCUGAGUCAGACCCUCUCAACCAUUUUGACUUGCUAAAAAUUCACUUCUUAAAAGUAUCCCAUUUCCUUAGGUGAGAAAGCCAUAUUCUCAUCAAAGGGGAACAGUAAGGAAAAAGGAAAGCAGCUUUAGGAAAAUGUUCCAGUUUAACCAUUCUGAAGUCUGGUCCUCUGAAUGUGGG